AUGGCCGCCCUCGCCUACUCACUUUGUUCCUGGACCUCCUGCGCCUCGUCACCCGCGUCUAGCGCCGCCAUGGAUUCGCACCAAGUCCUCAUCACCAGGCCGACCCAGUCCCCUUCUGUUCGUCUCGAGCGUCAAGCGCAGCUGCCUCCUCUGCCGACUUGCUUCCCGCCGAAUCCGGUGGCUCGUAGCACCACCGCCGCCGUCGCCUCAAGUCCCUGCCGCCGGUGCCGCGAAGUCCUGAUGAAGCCACAACUCCAUUUGGUGCCUCUGCAUGUGACCAACGCCGUCGCGCCUCGAGCCCUCGUCGGCGAGCUACCGUACCAGCAGCAGGUCCGGGCUCCCCCAUGCCUCAUCUUCCUUCCGUCUCCCCGUCUACCUUUUAUUCUCCCAAGUAUCUUCCUCUCUGAAACCGCCGCGCCACCAGUUUUCCUCCGGGAGUAG